CGGGAGCCGGCCACGCCCUGGUGGCGGCGCCCCCUAGCGGCCCAGAGCCGGGCGCAUCCGGCUAGUUCAGGUGUCCUGCGCGGCGGGGAGGAGAGACCGCGUCUGCAGGGCGCGGACUCGGGGACUCGGGGCCUCGGCGGGGCGCGCGCACGCAGGAGGGGCGGCCGCGGUGCGGGCCCUCGGCGCGGCGGGCCAGGCUCCCAGAGCGUCGACGCCGCCCAUGGCCGAGCCGCUCCAGCCAGACCCCGGGGCGGCCGAGGUCGCGGCGGCCCAAGUGGUGGAGACACCGGGCUGGAAGGCCCCGGAGGACGCGGGCCCCCAGCCCGGAAGUUACGAGAUCCGACACUAUGGACCAGCCAAGUGGGUCAGCACGUCCGUGGAGUCUAUGGACUGGGAUUCAGCCAUCCAAACCGGCUUUACGAAACUGAACAGCUACAUUCAAGGCAAAAAUGAGAAAGAGAUGAAAAUAAAGAUGACAGCUCCAGUGACAAGCUACGUGGAGCCUGGCUCAGGUCCUUUUAGUGAGUCUACCAUUACCGUUUCCCUGUAUAUUCCCUCUGAACAGCAAUUUGAUCCGCCCAAGCCUUUAGAGUCAGAUAUCUUCAUUGAAGACAGAGCCGAAAUGACUGUGUUUGUACGGUCUUUCGAUGGAUUUUCUAGUGCCCAAAAGAAUCAAGAACAACUUCUGACAUUAGCAAGCAUUUUGAGGGAAGAUGGGAAAGUUUUCGAUGAGAAGGUUUACUACACUGCAGGUUUCAACAGUCCUUUCAAAUUGCUCAAUAGAAAUAAUGAAGUGUGGCUGAUUGAAAAACGUGAACCCUCCAAAGAAAAUGAAUGAGAAAAUGAAAGGAAGUUCCACUGUCAGAGGCAAAACGACUGUUUAUCAUAGACAUCAACAGGACUCAAAAGUAAAGUGCGUGUCUAGUGUCCUCUAUUGAGAGUACUACUGUUAAUUAAGCUUAUUUCCAAUGUGCCUUUUUAAUGCUUGAAGCUUUAUCUACAUACACAGGUAACAGAGGGCGGUAGUCUGUAAACAUAUAAAUAGGUUGUAACUA